CACGGACCACUCGGAAGAGGUUCUCCGCCCUUCGCGCCGCGUGCCAUGAAAGGGUAUCAGCCGCCGGACCUCAAACUAUCAGGUCCCCUAGGUGGGCCCGAUAUCUUGGCCUGUCGCUUAGACUUCAGGCAUCACAUCUCCCCGCUUUUCGCCGUCAAUAAUGCAGGGCCGCAGACAGGACUCAUCCGUACACUUUCGUGGUCACUUCACUCUUGCAUGGCCUAAUUAUUCCGUGGGGAUAUCAUUCACGCCGCAACAACAGGAUUCUCGGGUUCUUGAAACGUUCCUCCUCGGAUUUCCACUCCGAAAAUCGCAUGCGCCAUCCCAGGGUGGGCAGCGACGUGAUAUUUGAUUUGUGACUUGGCAGAAUUAUGCAAAUGAACAAAUGCGAUGUCGGUUACCCACCAGAUCCGUCAGCUGACGAUGCCACCCGGGCUCAAAGGAGCAGCGGGUCGAGACCGACAAGAGCAUGGGAUUGUCCCUCGUGUCUCUUGUGAAUACACGUUGUUUGGUUUCCCCCUUCUCUGUCCGUCUUUGCGACCCAAAACCACCCAUUGCAGACCCGUUUUCGACCUCUCAUCGCUUGGGCUGUAUGAAUAUUCGAUGACUUGUGAACGGGCAAAAGAAGACGAGAUAAAAGGCGAUGUCAAGUUACUCAGCAGCUUCGCCGGCGGACGGUGGGACGCAGGCUUGAAAACAUCAGGAUGGCCACCAGUCGAGACCGAUCAUAGCAUUGGGUUGGACGCUAUUUCGGCUGAGCACACACGCUAAUAAUGUGAUCUUCUUCCCAUUUUU